CGGGAGAGAGAAACGUCGACGCACGUCGGAGCCGCACGUACCACGCGGGGCGGGCCUCUCCUCGGACGCUCUCUCGAAGCCGGUGACGCUGAACCGUGCCCGCCACCACCCUCGAGGACGUCGGCGUCCGCGCGCGUGCCGAGUGACGUCGCCCGGCCGGGGGUGCAGUCGCGGGCUCCAGGGAGAAGCAGGUACGAGCGCGUCGAACGGCGCCGAAGCGGCCAGAAGCAGCCAAGCAGCGGCCAAGCAGCGGCCGGCAGAGGGAGUCGCGAGUCGGACCGAGGGUGGCAUGGAACGCGGGAGCCGUCGGCCCAGCCUGGCAGCCCCCGUCCUCGGCGCUCUCCUCCUCGCCACCGCCAGCCUCGUCGCUGCAUUCUCCACCGACGGCACACCUGAAUGUCACUUAAGGCAGUACCAUUGCGGCAACGGCAGGUGCAUCCCAGUCUCCUGGGUAUGCGACGGCGAGGAUGACUGCGGUGACAAAUCCGACGAGAGCCCGGAAGAAUGCAAAUCGACCCAGCGGUGCACCGACUCGGAGUUCAAGUGCGCCAACGGCAGGUGCAUCCCCGACGCCUGGCACUGCGACGGCGAGAAGGACUGCGCCGAUGGCUCGGACGAGGACACCGACGUUUGCAAGAACAAGAAUUGCACGGCGGAUCAAUUCACGUGUCGGUCCGGAGGCGGGGAAUGCGUGGCGCUUUCAUGGAUGUGCGACGAAAACGAGGAUUGUACCGAUGGCUCCGACGAGGCCGAUUGCAAUGACACUUGUCGCUCGGACGAGUUCACCUGCGCCAACAAGCACUGCAUCCAGCAGCGAUGGGUCUGCGACGGGGACGACGACUGCGGGGACGGCAGCGACGAGAAGGACUGCGAGCCCGUGACCUGUCGACCCGACACGGAUUUCGCCUGCACCCAGAAUUACUGCAUCACGGCUAGAUGGAGGUGCGACGGCGACGUGGACUGCCCCGACGGGGCCGACGAGAGGAACUGCACGUCCUGGCCUUCGGGGGAGCGGUCCAGUCCCUGCGCGAAGCACGAGUUCGUCUGCGAGGACUGCACCACCUGCAUCCACCAGACUUGGGUCUGCGACGGCGACAAGGACUGCCCCGAGGGCUCCGACGAGGCGCCCGAAAGGUGUCGCAACGUCACCUGCAGGGCCGACCAGUUCCAAUGCGGCGACCGCAGCUGCAUAUCAGGUCAUCUGUACUGCGACGGGAAGGCGGAAUGCGCCGACGGAAGCGACGAGAAGAAUUGUACGGCUAAACUUGCCACCUGCGAUCUCCGGACCGAGUUUGAAUGCAGCAAGGGGUCGUGCAUUCCUCUCGAGGCAGUUUGCGACAGGAAACCCGACUGCCUUAACUGGGAAGACGAGAAGAAGGAGCUCUGUGGCGUGAACGAGUGUCAACAAAAUAAUGGCGGCUGUUCUCAGAUUUGUAUCGACAUGCCUAUCGGCUAUCGAUGCGACUGCAAGCAAGGCUAUCGACUUAUCGACAACCGUACUUGCGACGAUAUAAACGAAUGCUUGGAGCCGGGAAGCUGUUCACAAUUUUGCCUAAACGAAAAGGGCAGUUUUAAGUGCAGCUGCGCCUCGGGUUACCUGAGAGAUCCCAGAAAUUUAACGCGUUGCAAGGCAUCGGAGGGUCAUGCCAGUCUUCUCUUUGCGAGACGACACGACAUUCGCAAAGUCGCCCUGGAUCGUCAAGAAAUGACGGCGAUAGUCAACAAUACGAAAAUGGCGACAGCUCUGGACUUCGUUUUUCGCACUGGAAUGAUUUUUUGGAGCGACGUCAGCGACAAAAAGAUUUACAAAGCCCCGAUAGACGAAGGGAACGAGAGAACCGUGGUAAUCGACAACGACCUGACGACGUCGGAUGGUCUGGCCGUGGAUUGGAUUUACAGUCACAUAUACUGGACCGACGCCGAGAAGAACACCAUCGAGCUGGCCAACUUUGAGGGGAACAUGAGGAAGACCCUGAUACGAGAUCGAGUGCAGGAACCGAGGGCAAUCGCCCUAAAUCCCCUCGAGGGUUGGAUGUUCUGGACCGACUGGGGCGACGAGGCACGGAUCGAAAGGGCAGGAAUGGACGGAUCGCAUCGUUCGGUGAUCGUUGGGACCGACGUCAAGUGGCCGAACGGCUUGACCCUGGACCUCAUCGGUAAACGAGUCUACUGGGUGGACGCAAAGCUCAACAUAAUUGCCUCGUGCAAUUACGAUGGGUCGGGGAGGCGCACGAUACUGUAUUCGUUGGACGCGUUGAGGCACCCCUUUAGCAUUACGACCUUCGAGGAUUACGUGUACUGGACGGACUGGGACAAAGAGACGAUCUUCAAGGCCAACAAGUUCACCGGCAAAGAGGUCGAGGCGGUGACCUCGUUGAGGUCUCUUCAACACCCGAUGGUGGUGCACGUGUACCAUCCCUAUAGACAACCGGACGGCACGAAUCAAUGCCAAGCCGUAAACGGGCACUGCAGUCACCUGUGUCUACCGGCUCCCAAGAUCAAUUUGAGAUCUCCGCUUUUGAGCUGCGCCUGCCCGGACGGAUUGAAGCUGAUGCCAGGCGGCCUGAUGUGCGUGGAAAAUGUAACCACAACCGUUACGCCCAUCACACAGGAGAUAGUUAAGCCGUUCAAGAGGCUCGAGCCUCGCAACAUGACCGCAAGCCUCGGUCCAAUGAAUGCCGACACGGAUGGCAACCUCGUCGACGAGGCGACCGAUCCCGGUCUGGUGGCCGGAAUCGUCAUCGGAGUGGUCUCGUUGGGCCUUCUGUUUUUAGCACUCGUGGCAGUUCUUUGCUACAGGCAUUACCUCCAUCGCAACGUAACGAGUAUGAACUUCGAUAACCCGGUCUACAGGAAGACCACGGAAGACCAGUUCAGCCUGGAGAAGAACAGAUUCCCCCUCCCCACUGCCACCGUUGGAGAAGAGGCCCAGGAACCACUGACCAGUCCUGGAACCAAUGAUUACGUGUAAGACUCGUUUAGUCCAUGGAAGGGGCUCAGCAGGCCGAGAGAAAGAGAACGAGGAAGAAACGAGCCACCAACAUGAAUUCCAAAGUGUUGGGUGAAAAGUUGAUUCGAAAAUCGAUUACUUGAAAUGGGUCGAGACUACUCCUGCCCGAAUGCACAUAUGCCUGCCUGCCAACUCAGCUGUGAUUAUGUUAUUUUUUGUACUGCGUCCGUUCGUUUACAAAUAUCUGCGCGCCUUGUCGUUCGAACGUACCGGGCAACUGUGCAAAAUCUAGUUUUGCUCUUGGUCAUAAAAGGAGAAACUUCUCGUGAGAAUAAGAACGGUGCUUAAACGAGUCGAUACCGUCAUCCCCAAUGGGUCCCUUGCAAGAUCGGACUUGCGUGAAAUUUUCGUUAAGUUUUGCCUACGCUAUUGUCCGAUUCCAAAGAUCGGUCGAAUGAAACCUGCGUAUUGGCAAAAUUGAUACGAGUUGCUUUAAAUCCAACUCGACGCAAGUUGGAUCCUGUAAGAAGAUUCUACGUAAGGGAAUGCACGGCCAUCUUAAAAUAAUGUCGCAUUGAAUUAUUUUGUGAUACUACGGCACUUAAACGUAAUGCAGCUUUACAAGGGUGACUAUCGUUUGAAGAUGGUACGCGUGGCUCCCGGAAGCGAAGACGGAAACCGUUUGCGAAUCGUUCCUUUCUAUCUCGCCCCGUUGCUUACGGGUGGUAGAUCGAAGCAAAAAAAAAAGGGCUCGCGCUCUCUUUCGGUACUUCGCCUCAACCUAUUCGCGUGCAAUCGAAUCCGACAAACGAAACCGGGUUGCAAACCCUCCUUUUGAUCCCAGUUCGGAAGAGGGCAAGUUCCUUACGUAGAUAAGGACGUUGCCUAAAGAAUCAGACGUUAGAUACUUAAAACGAAGUUUAAAACACGUAACGAGCAUGCGUUAAAGAAUAGCCGAAAGUACGCCAUGGUAUCUAAUCGCUCAUUAAAUGUAAGUUACAACUGGACAUUAAGGAACGAAGCUUCCUCUUAGAAUCGCAUUUUUGGUAUCACUUGGGAAAAGUCGCGUUCCCAUUACUACAAGUGGCAUGCACGAAGGACAACGGAUUUCUCCUUUUAUGUCGGCCAAACGAAGUUACUCGGACGAGUACUUCACGUGUCCAUUUUCACAGCCGGCUCGCAUCUUUGUGAGCGGCUCCAUAUCACAAGGAAGUCGUUAUUUGAGACGUUCAGUUAAUUACCAUAGCUAAAUUACAAUAGACUACGAAGCAACUAGAUGUAAUAAGAGCGGCUCAAUGACACUAAGUAUGAGUGUGGGUGUGUUAAGACGACGCUGUCGAUUAGGUACCUCGACUUACUAAAAGUCGUCGUACAAGAAUGUGUAUAGAACUAAUGCCUCUGAUUUAAGAGAUUCAUUUAGGGCUCGCUAAGGUUCAUACAAUUUAGUAACUACGUGCGAGACUUACAUUUUUUCGGGAUAAAUUAGAACACGUUAAGGUCGGUAGGUUAGGUCACCACACGUGGCGAAGAUUACAGCCGACGAGAGAACUCGACCUUAAAUAUUUCUAUACACGCAUUAGUGGUGCACGUAAUGGAAGUAACGGAAGUAAUUUAUUGAGUUAACUGCAAAAAAAAAAUUAACCAUGAAUCGGAUGGUCACGGAUCAUUGUUUCGUCUAGUCGAAAAACGGUAUGGAUGAAAUUUGUAAAUUUAUUAGAAAAGACAAAAAGAAAACGUACUCUUCCCCCUGUCGUUACGAAGAUCUGAGAGUAUAUGUGUAUUAUGGUCGAAAUUGAAGUACAGAGGCUCUGUGUUAAUUUUAAUCAAAAGUAGGAAGCAUGCGUGAAAGACGAUUAAGGAUAAUUGCGUGCAAGUCAGUUGGCGUACACUUUAUCCUAGCCAAUCCACCCGCCAAAAUCGUGUCAAACAUUGUUUCUAUGCAAUACUAUGAUUAUCGCUACUUACACGAAGAAAAAUAUAUAUAUAUAUAUUACAAUGAAUAUUGUAUAAAUAAAUAUAUAAAACGGAUCAGUGUCAUAUUAUUAUAGUACCUAAGUAAAAUGUAAAAUUUGUAAAUAAGCAAAGUAAAAUACAUAGCACAAAGGAAUGGUAUUCAUAA